AUGAAAGAUUUAACGCCAAAAGAAAUCAAAGCCGAGUUCGAUAAUGUUCAUAGCACAUCUGCAUCAGCGUUUGCGACUGUAUACAAUUGGGUGAAUGAAUUUAAACUUGGUCGUAUAUCCACAUGUUAUGCAUCUCGUUCGGAACGUCCAAUUGAGGCUGCUACGCCAGAAAUCAUCGAUAAAGUCCACGAUAUUGUUUUAACUGAUCGACGAGGAAAAGUGUGCGAGCUUGUUGUUGAGGCCAUAGGUAUAUCACAUGGAACAGUGAUUUCAAUUUUGCACGAACAGUUGAAUAUGAAAAAGCUAUCGGUAAAAUGGGUGUCGCGUUUGCUCACUGUGGACCAUAAAUGCGACCGUGUGACAAUUUUAAAGCAAUGUUUGAAGAUGUUUCAACAUUAUUCAGAUGAAUUUUUGCUUCGACUAAUUACUGUGGACGAAACAUGA